UUAUAACCUCAAUAGAAAUGUUUAGGAGAUGAUCUCGCAAGUAGUGGUCGUGUGCUUUCCGCUUUCCUCCACCCUGAUCUAGCAUCGCCUUAUCUCCACCAUGAAAGAAGAAACAGAGGAAAAACAAAUCUAAAAUCUUAUUCUCCAUCGGUUCCCUUCCGCCCGCUUUCACCGGCAGCCAUGUAAAUAUGGAGGAAGCCAUCCAUAUACGUUGUCUUAACUUUGCCCAGCCGCCGCCGUCGCCGUCUCCAUCAAAGCACGAAUUUUUGCCCUAUCACUUACAUAAGUUCUCUACUUCCUCUUCCCGAAAGUCCCACCCUCGGCACCCAAUCUUCGUCGCCAAGAACCUCGUCAUCGCACCGCGUGCUCCCGUUUCUUUCCCUGAAUUGCCUCGCAAAUCCCCUUCCAUCCCUAUCGAUACCUCCUUCCCUUUCCGGGAAAAGAUGCUCUUUCUCGAUUCCGUCGGAGUCGACCUCUUCGCCCUUGUGGAAGAUCACCCACCCAUCGUCUCUGCUUCUAUCGCUGAACUCCGCGCCGCCGUCGACUUCCUCGUCUCUCUUGGCUUCUCCUCUAUGGACCUCCGCCGGAUGUGUGGCAUGUGCCCGGAGAUACUCACAGCUGGCGGCCCUUCUGCUUUCAACCCUGUCCUCACUUUCCUCCUUCGAGAGGCUGGUGUUCAGAGUAGUGACCUCUGCUACGUCAUAUCACGCCGCCCGCGCCUCCUUGUAUCUGACGUUGCCGGCAGGCUUCGGCCAACGCUUUAUUUCCUCCAAAUGCUGGGGAUUUCAGAGACCGCGCGCCACGCGCACCUGCUCUCCUGUAGCGUUGAGGAGAAGUUUCUCCCACGGCUAGAGUUUCUUCAGAAAGUCGGGUUUUCAUCCAGAGAUGCCCGUUGCAUGGCUAGGAGGUUUCCCCAGAUCUUCUGUUAUAGUAUAAAAGCGAAUCUAGAGCCCAAGCUUGAAUUCUUCACCGGGAUAAUGGAGAGGGAGCUGAAGGAGAUCAAAAAGUUUCCUCAGUACUUCUCGUUUAGUUUAGAGAAGAAAAUUAAGCCAAGGUAUCGGCUUUGCAAGGAAAAUGCUGUAUUCUUUGAGCUACCGGCCUUGUUGAAGCCCAGCGAUGAUGAAUUCCAGCGCAGAUUGGAAGUAUGUGUUGGCUCUUCUACUCCACUGAGAAGGUCACCUCUUUGGAAAGAGGGUUUGAGUGAUGAUUAUUUGUAAAUUCCAUUGGUAUUUUCUCUGCUGAAUUUGUUUACAGAAUUCAAUGCUAAUUUAGAAUCAUUCGCCCAUGUUCAUA